AUGAAGAUGAAGGUCUAUUUGCGUGCUCAAGGGGUGUGGGACGCAAUCGAAUCAACUGAGCCUCUGGAUAGUCUUGAUGAAAGGAAGGAUCAAAUGACCUUAGCAGCUAUCUAUCAAGCAAUCCCUGAGGAGAUGUUGUUUUUGUUAGCAGAGAAAGAGGCAGCAAAGGAAGCAUGGAAGACACUAAAAACUAUUCAUGUCAGUGCUGAACGUGUAAAGGAGGCAAAGAUCCAAACUCUGAAGAUUGAGUUUGAAAUUAUGAAAAUGAAGGAGUCCGAGACUAUUGAUGAUUAUGCAGCAAGGUUGAUAGAAGUUGUUAAUAAAAUACGUACUUUUGGAGACAAGUUUGAAGAGGCAUACUUGGUGAAAAAAUUUAUCCGCUCAGUACCUUCUAAGUUUCUUCAUAUCGUAUCGGCAAUAGAGAAAUUUGCUGAUUUAAAGGUGAUGACCAUGGAGGAAGUCAUCGGAGAGGAACGGAUCGGUGGCAACAAAGAGAAUGCUGAGCAUGUCUUAUUGACUCAAGGAGAAUGGAAAGAGAAAAAACGUAGCGACAAUGGAGGCCAUAGCCGAGGGCGAGGUCGCAGUGGUCGCUGGAGAGGGAGAGGUCAUGGUCGUGGAAACGACUCGUUUCAUCAAGAGAAGAAGGCUGACAAGAGCAAGGUAAGAUGCUACAAUUGUCAAGGCCUAGGUCACUAUGCCUCAGAAUGUCGGAAGUUGAAGUGUUAUAAUUGCCAAAAGAUUGGUCAUUAUGCAUCCGACUGUAGAUCGAAGAAAAGGGAGAAUCAUUAUGCAUCCCACUGUAGAUCGAAGAAAAGGGAGAAUCAGGCGCACUUAACUGAGACGCAAAGUGAUGAGGAUGAGCCAGCCUUACUUACAGCACAAGUUUGUGAGGUCCGAACUCUUGGUUUACCAGAGUUGACGGAAAUGGCUCUUUAUGAAGAGAAGGUUGUCUCGAAAGAAAUUGAGAAGAAAAACAACAUUUGGUUCCUAGAUACGGAAGCCAGCAAUCAUAUGACUGGUUAUCGAAGUUGGUUCUCGGAAUUGAACGAGUUAGUGACCGGCACGGUGAAGUUCGGAGAUGGAUCACUUGUAGAGAUAAAAGAACGUGGAGAUGUGAAGGCUGCGUCUGUGAAAAAAACAGAGAAGAUGAUCAAUGAGGAGAAAAUCGAUGGCCCUGUGAAGAUUGAAUCGAAGAAAAAAAAUAGAGAAGCGAGAAGAGAAGAAGAGCGAUGGCGAGAAAAUCGUUGGCGCUGUGAAGUCGCCGGAGAAACGAAAGCAGAGAAGGAGAAGGAGAAGGAGGCCAUUGUUUCCGGCAGUGCAAUUGAAGUACCACAGGGAACUAAACCUAUCGUGGAACAGCAGUUAGCCGGACUAGUAGAACAGGUAAUUAAACCUAUUGAGGAAAAGCCAUUGGCCGGACAAGUAGAACAGGUAAUUAAAACUGUCGAUGAAAAGCAGUUGCCCAUUGAAAGGAAGACAGAAAAGAAUGAAGGCGGAGAUAAUGGCAGCAACUUUCAUCCCUUGAAGCGGAGUAUAUUGCGNAAUGAGGAGAAAAUCGAUGGCCCUGUGAAGAUUGAAUCGAAGAAAAAAAAUAGAGAAGCGAGAAGAGAAGAAGAGCGAUGGCGAGAAAAUCGUUGGCGCUGUGAAGUCGCCGGAGAAACGAAAGCAGAGAAGGAGAAGGAGAAGGAGGCCAUUGUUUCCGGCAGUGCAAUUGAAGUACCACAGGGAACUAAACCUAUCGUGGAACAGCAGUUAGCCGGACUAGUAGAACAGGUAAUUAAACCUAUUGAGGAAAAGCCAUUGGCCGGACAAGUAGAACAGGUCGCCGGAGAAACGAAAGCAGAGAAGGAGAAGGAGAAGGAGGCCAUUGUUUCCGGCAGUGCAAUUGAAGUACCACAGGGAACUAAACCUAUCGUGGAACAGCAGUUAGCCGGACUAGUAGAACAGGUAAUUAAACCUAUUGAGGAAAAGCCAUUGGCCGGACAAGUAGAACAGGUAAUUAAAACUGUCGAUGAAAAGCAGUUGCCCAUUGAAAGGAAGACAGAAAAGAAUGAAGGCGGAGAUAAUGGCAGCAACUUUCAUCCCUUGAAGCGGAGUAUAUUGCGGUGA